AUGCAGAUGGGGGGUCUGGCUGGCCUCAACGGCUGGCGCUGGAUCUUCAUUAUCGAGGGUAUCAUAACCGUGCUGCUUGGUUUUGUUGGAUACUGGCUUCUGGUUGAUUUCCCCGACGCAAAGCGCAAGAGCUGGAGCUUCCUCUCAGCUCGGGAAAAGGAGUGGGUGUGCGCUCGUGUCGACGCCGAUCGUGGAGACGUCAAGCCGCAGCCCUUCUCACUGGCCAAGUAUCUUCGCGCUGGCACCGACAUCAAGGUGUGGGCGUACGCCAUGAUCUUCUUCAACACCACAACCGUCACCUACGCGCUCGCCUACUUCCUGCCCAUCAUCCUCAGGGGGAGCAUGGGUUUCAGUGUCGGCGAGGCGCAGUGCCUCGUGGCGCCCCCCUACGCGUUCGCCGGUAUCAUCAUGUACGCCACGGGCUGGGCGGGCGACAAGUACCGGCUGCGCGGACCCAUCAUCAUCUUCAACUGCCUACUGUGCAUCAUCGGCCUCCCGAUCAUGGGCUUCCACACGAACGCCGGCGUCCGCUACUUCGGCGUCUUCCUCGUCACCGCCGGCGCCAAUGCCAACGUGCCCGCCGCCAUGUCGUACCAGGCGAACAACAUCCGCGGCCAGUGGAAGCGCGCCUUCUGCAGCGCCACCUUCGUCUCGUUUGGCGGCAUCGGCGGUAUCGCCGGCAGUCUCGUCUUCCGCGACCAGGAUAUGCCGGGCUACCGCCCGGGCCUGUACGCCUGCAUCGCCACCACGCUCCUGACCAUGCUUAUGGUGGGCGCGCUUUCGCUUGACUUUUACCGCCUUAACAAGAAGGCUGAUCGGGGCGAGAGGGAGCUCGAGUGUGAUGCGGAUGAUAACUACGAGCCUGGAUUCCGCUACACUUAUUAA